CUUCGGCUCCCUUUCCAUGGCUACAUCAACGACAAGAGGAAAAGAAGAAGAAGAAGAAGAAGAAGAAGAAGAAGAAGAAGAAGAAGAAGAAGAAGAAGAAGAAGAAGAAGAAGAAGAAGAAGAAGCACCAGUGAGGGCGACGAUGCAGCAGCAGCAACUCGCCCAGUCGUGGUGGUUCGGCAGUCUCAAGAAUUCCAGGCAAUCUCCAUGGCUGAUAUCAACACUCGCAGAGCUUGACGAGAAGACCAAACAGAUGCUGCGAUUGGUGGAGGACGAUGCCGACUCCUUCGCCAAGCGCGCCGAGAUGUACUACAAGAAGAGGCCUCAGCUGGUGAGCAUGAUCGAGGACUUCCGCCGCGCGCAUCGCUCACUGGCCGUGCGGUGCGAUCAACUCAGAUCCGGCGGUGCGGCAUGUCGCGUCACCGCGGCGCUCGGUGCGUCUCGGUUGGACAGGAGCUGGGCACGGAGCAUAAGCAGCGACAAGGGUGAAGUCGAGUCGCGGAGCUCUGCCUCGGAUUCCGACGACGACGACGACGACUCCGAGGAGUCCGAAGUGGAUGAUCCCGAACAAGGAGGCGAGCGCAGGGGGAGGGAGACGCCAGACGCGGAUUUGGUGAAGCUGAUGGGUGAGGUUGAAAGACUCAAGGAGGAGAACGCAGCUUUGAAGUCGGAGAUCGCAGGAAAAGACGAAGAGAAGAGAGAUGUCAUCAGGCAGCUGGCGUUGUCGCUGCAGAUCCUGAAGGAGGAGCACGCCGGUCUCAGGAUGUGCAUCAAAGAUGGGAAGACGAAGGGACCCAUUUCUGAGUUCAAGAAGCUCACUAGGAAGCUUUUUGGGAGGCAAUGAAGGAAUCAAAAGACACCAUAAAACCAAAUAAAAAAUGUAUCUUUUGUGCUACCCUUUCUUCA